AUGACUGCAGGCAGAGUCAACCCUUACAGCAUCGUGUCCUCCGAGGAAGACGGGCUGAGGUUGACCACCAUGCCAGGUAUCAACGGCUUUGGCAAUGGGAAAAUCCACACCAGGAGGAAAUGCAGGAACAGGUUUGUAAAGAAGAACGGUCAGUGCAACGUGGAGUUCACCAACAUGGAUGACAAGCCACAGAGGUACAUUGCAGACAUGUUCACGACGUGCGUUGACAUCCGCUGGAGGUAUAUGCUCUUGCUCUUUUCCCUGGCAUUUCUGGUGUCCUGGUUACUGUUUGGGCUGAUUUUCUGGCUAAUUGCACUCAUUCACGGAGACCUAGAAAACCCAGGUGGAGACGAUACCUUCAAGCCUUGUGUUCUGCAGGUCAAUGGCUUUGUGGCUGCUUUUCUGUUCUCCAUCGAGACCCAAACAACUAUUGGUUAUGGCUUCCGCUGUGUGACAGAGGAGUGCCCGCUCGCGGUCUUCAUGGUGGUGGUUCAGUCCAUCGUGGGCUGUAUAAUUGACUCUUUCAUGAUUGGUGCAAUAAUGGCAAAGAUGGCCAGGCCCAAAAAACGGGCCCAGACAUUACUUUUCAGCCAUAACGCAGUAGUGGCAAUGAGAGAUGGAAAACUCUGCCUGAUGUGGAGAGUUGGGAACCUCCGGAAAAGCCACAUAGUAGAAGCCCACGUACGAGCUCAGCUAAUUAAGCCCAGGAUCACAGAAGAAGGAGAGUACAUACCACUCGACCAAAUAGACAUCGACGUGGGGUUUGAUAAAGGCUUGGACCGUAUCUUUUUGGUGUCCCCCAUCACCAUUCUCCAUGAGAUCAACGAAGACAGCCCCUUGUUUGGGAUCAGCCGCCAGGACUUGGAGACAGAUGACUUUGAGAUUGUGGUCAUCCUGGAAGGCAUGGUAGAAGCCACCGCCAUGACAACGCAAGCUCGGAGCUCCUACCUGGCCAGUGAGAUCCUCUGGGGCCAUCGCUUCGAGCCUGUCUUGUUUGAGGAGAAAAACCAGUACAAAGUAGACUAUUCUCAU